AUGCGGAGCGCCUUCAAGUGCUACAAGCUACUGAAAAUUGCAAUGGGAGAGGAGAAGAUGCCGGGGGAAGGAGAUGCCCGCGAUCGGUGGAUUGAGAAGAGCGCAGUGCUGUACGACCUCAUCCUCCAAUCGGUCAACAAUGACAUGUUCCAGCACAUCAAGGAUUUGGUGGAGUUGGAUGAUUCCGGACCGAAGGCAUGGAAGCUGCUACGCGACGUGAUUCAGCCCAACAUGCUGCCGAUGGUGAUUGUGUUGGAGAAAGAGUUGGCUGCCCUCUCCAUGAAACCAAGAGAUGAUGUGAAACCGGUCCUUGACAAGAUCAAGGACACCUAUGCGAGGAUGGCAGCGGCGGGCAGCGAAGUGUCGCAGAUGCAACAGUGCACCAAGAUCAUCUCGGUGCUCGACAAUUCGUGGGACAACCUCAUCCCCACCCUCAACGUUCAGCGGGACAAAUGGACGCCUGAGUGGUUAUGGCAGCAGAUUCUGCAGGAGGACUUCCGCAGGCGCCACACGGGAGGUGGUGCUGCCAACAAAACUGCUGAGGGGUAUGGAGCUGCAAGAGGCAGCGGAGGAAGAGGGGGAGGGAGAGGCCGAGGCCGUGGGAGACUUUUGCAAAGGGAGAGGCCGAGCCGGCCUGAAGGAUGGGCCCCUCCAAGCAUGAAGCCGCCAGGUGGUGAACGUGCACGCGGUGACGCUGUGCAAGGUUCAGGUGCACAAGGUGAUGGUGCACAAGGUAAAGCCGACCCUGUGAUGUUCCUCAUGGUUGAGGAUGUGCAAGGGAGUGGGGGUGAUGUGGGUUCAGUUGGGAAGGUUGUGAUGCACCCCCUCACUCACUGGGUGAUCGAUUCAGGUUGCACGAGUCAUAUGACCCCACGGGCAGAUUUGCUUGACGAGGUAAGACCUCCUGGGAAGAUCAAGUUUGUGGCUGCCGCUUCAGGUGCUUUGCUCCCUGUGAUUGGUGUUAGGAAUGCCAAGGUGAUGGGAGCCAAUGGAGAGCUUGUGGGGCUUGGGAAUGUGCUGUUGGUUGAAGGUUUGUCCGCUAACCUUUUUUCUGUGCGCCGGCUGGAGAAGAGCGAGGCUGAAGUUACCUUCGGCCCAACCAGCUGCCGUGCAAAGCUUGGGAAGUUGCUGCUGUGGAACUUGGAGAAGAAGAGCAGCUGCAUCAAGAACAUGUGGCAGCUACCCAUCAUCCCUUGGAAUGGGAAACCACCAGCAACGGCAGCGGCUGCAGCAACGGCUGAGGCAUCUGCAGGAAGAGAGGAGACCGCACCAACUGAUGGGGCCCUGGAUGUAGUCAAGAAGGUGCAGCAGCCACAGCAGCCACAUGGUGAGGUGCUUGCUGGUGUGGAUGCGAUCGCUGCAUGGGCAAAGGCUUCAUCUGGGAAUGGUGAUGCCGAUUGGGAGACGUGGCACGAGAGGUUGUGUCACAUUAACAUUCCGAUGCUGCAGAAAUUAGUGGAGGAUGGGAGCGUGAAGGGGGCAGUGAAGGAGAUUCGGUGCUGCCCAACAUGCCUUGAGACUAAAUUCACCAAGUUCUCCUUCAGCACCAGCACGGGACCAGCCAAGGUUCCACUUGCACUUGUGCACAUGGACGUGGUGGGCCCCACGAGGGCCCUUUCUCUCUCGGGCAGCCGCUACUUCUUGACGAUUGUGGACGACCACACGCGUGCGGUGUGGGUGUACCCUUUGAAGACUAAGGGUGAGGUGGCAGCGGGUGUUCUUAAGAAGUGGAUGCCAAGAACUCUAAGGGAGAGCGGACACAAGGUGAAUGUGAUCCGCACCGAUACUGGGGGAGAGUUCAUUGGUAAUGAGUUUGAGGUGAUGCUGAAGAAGAAGGGGAUCCAGCAUCAGCUCACAGUGUUCUACAACCCUUCGCAGAACGGCGUGGCUGAGCGGUUCAACCGGACCCUGCAGGAAAGUGCUCACACUCUCUUUGGGAGUGCAGGGCUGCCGGAUCCGUUUUGGGUGACUGCAAUGCGGCAGGUCGCCCUUGUGAAGAACAGGGUGCUGGCGACUGUGGGGGACAAGCAGUGGGUCCCCUACACCAUGUGGUAUGGGAGUGUAUCAGCAGUCAACAUGCUGAGAGCCUUCGGUUGCAUGGUGGUGUUUCAUGUGCCUAAGGAGAAGAGGGGAAAAAUGGACGCUUCUGGGAGAUGGGGUGUGCACUUGGGGCUUGCUAAGGAUCACAAGGGCUGGCUGAUUUGGGACUUGACCAGCCAGCAGCUGACUGUGUCAAGGGAUGUGAAGUUCCUCGAGUCCUUAUACUACAAGGAGUGGAAGGAGCAGCAGCAGAAGCUUCCCGCUACACCGCUGGUUAUUGAGGCUGAUGAGGUGCAGCGGCCUUCGAGGCAGGUACAGGUCACUGUCUCUGAGGAUGAGAUCUCUGGGGUGUCUGAGGAUGGGGGAGAACCUGAGGUUGAGGAGCAGCAGCAGCCGUAG